AUGAGUGCUUAUGGAAAACGAGAAAGAAUUGUAAAUGGAGCUGUAGUCGACAUACGCAAUUUGCCAUUCAUUGUCUCCAUAAGAUUUAAUCCAACGAAUAUUCAUUUAUGUGGCGGCAUUAUACUUAGUCAAAAACACGUACUCACUGUUGCUCAUUGUGUUUAUGAUUUUAAAUACGAUUGGUCCAACCUAAAAGUAUUUGCUGGAACUUCGACUUUGUCUGCGACCGAAGGUACUGCGUAUGCGGUAGAAAGUAUUCGGUAUCAUCCACGGUAUAACGCUGUACUCGUGGAAAUAACUCGUUACCGCUAUGAUUUGGCCAUUCUCAGUGUCCAAGGAUCGAUUCAGUAUAACGAAAUACGGAAGCCAGCUGUUCUUGCAACGAGAGAUGUUAUUCCAAACCAAAAUGUUGUGAUAGCUGGCUGGGGGCUACUAACACGUUUGAAAGGAAGAUUUUCUUAUAAUUUGAGACAAUCUACAGUUAAAACUGUUACACAUGAAUACUGUAAAAGUAAUUUCCCCUUCCCCGUAUAUGAUGAUGAAUUUUGCACAUAUUUGCAUGAAGGAGGCUUUGGAGAUGGUGACGAAGGAGGACCCGUAAUAAGUAAUGGGGUAGUAAUUGGUAUUAUUACCUACAGAAGUUCAUCGGAAAAUGAUGUAUGUGACAUUCAUAGUAAUCUUUAUAGACAAAUGGAUUUUAUAAGGUCCGUCCUGCAUCGUUAA